AUGGACCGAUGCAUAGCCUCCCACUGGGAUGACUGCUACGCUAUAUACAACCGCUUCAUGAAGGUUGCCCCAGAACGUCGGCAACUGUACGCGGAUUUCGUGCGGGAGAUCUAUGCGGCAAACUUCAAGCGGCCACGGGCAGUCUUCUCGGGCAUCACAGAGUUCCCGAACCUCCGGUCCAUGAAGUUCUACCUUUUCGACCCAAAGGUGAUCUUCAUGCCGAUGACGGUGGCCCCGAACCUUUCUGUCCUGGACCUGGACUGUGGGUAA